AUGCCGUGGCGGUCCGAGUCCGGCAGGGGCAGAAGCAAGGCUGAACCGGUCGUCAUCAUGCGAAAUCCUUGUCAAAUAAGUACUUGGAAUGUAAGGACGUUAUUGAGUCCAGGAAAACUGGAAGAAGUAAUAGAGGAAAUGAAUAGAAUAGAGAUAGACAUACUGGGACUAUGUGAGGUUAGAUGGGAAGGUAGUGGAUAUUACUGGAAGGAGAAUAAUAGAAUAAUAUAUACGGGAAGAGAAAAACAAGGUACAAAUGGGACGGCCAUAAUCUUAAAUAAAAAAUGGGGCAAAUUGGUGGAAAAUACUAUACAUUAUAGCGACAGAAUAACAGCAGUUAAAAUAAAGGCAGAUUCGACUAAUUUAAUAAUUAUACAAGUUUAUAUGCCCACUAGUAGCUAUCCGGAUGAAGAAAUCGAAGAUAUGUAUAACCGCAUUGAUGAAAUAAUAGAUACAGUUAAUAAAAAUGACAAUUUAAUAGUAAUGGGUGAUUUCAAAGCAGUUGUCGGGGAAGAAGCUGUUGGAAAUAUAGUAGGUAAAUUUGGUCAUGGCGUCAAAAACUACAGAGGGGAAAGGUUAAUACAAUUUUGUAAGGAAAAUGAUAUGUUUAUUGGAAACACCUUUUUUAAACAGCCUAAAAGAAGAUUAUACACAUGGAAGAUGCCGGGAGAUAUUGGAAGAUACCAAAUAGAUUUCAUAAUAGUUAAAAAUUCUAAACGUAACCAAAUAAUCUCAUGCAAAACACUCCCAGGAGCUGAUGUUAAUACUGAUCAUAACCUUUUAACGAGUACUCACAAUUUUCUAGUCAAGAAAAAUAAAGAAGAAAAAAUAGACCUAAGCAAAUUGAUCUCACUAAACUUAAGGUAG